AGCCAGAGAGCAUCGCAUCACACACCGCCGCCUCCUCCUCCUCCCUCCCUCCCUCCCCGGCGAUCGACCCACCCGCCGCUUCGCCCUCCCGGCGCCGCCGCCGACGACCCAGACGCGCCUCCCGCGAGCUCACCUCUGUGUGCGAUUCGACCCCUCUCGAGCUUUUUAGCCGGGGGGAGCGAAAAAGGAGGAAAGCUCGCAAGGAUAGGCUCGCAUGGGGAGCCGGAUCGGGAGGUAGACGGAGAGCGAGAUCCGGUGAGGCGGGAGAGAGGGAGGACUGCCGCGUGGUUUUGGCUGCCUGCUCUCCCACCGCCCAGCCCCGGCGAUUCGGGCCACCGGCCGGCGACGAUGAGCGGUGGCGGCGGCGGCGGAGGGGGAGGAGGAGGAGGAAGCCCCAACAACACGGAAUGGCGCUUCAACCAGACGCUCCGCAACGUGCAAGGAAUGCUCAAAGGACGGAGCUUUCCUGGGAAGGUUCUGCUAACCCGAAGAUCGGAACCUCUUUCACCUCCUGAAUACUCCCCGCGCUUUGAGAAUGAUCAUGAUGAAUAUGAACAAAACGAAGGCUUGCAAGAAGGAAAAGGGCAAGCAUCCGGGAACACAACUGAUAACAUCAGUGCAAAGAAAUCAAAUCCACCAUCGACAAGUAGCACCAAUUCAUUACCAGAUGCUCAAGGAUUAGUUUCUGGGGCUAGAGCUACAGAUUCUACACGAAUGGCUAAAUUCACAAAUGAACUGUCUAGGCCAGCUGUUAUAUUAGAUAAGUUGCGUGAACUGUCUUGGAGUGGUGUUCCACCUUAUAUGCGACCUAAUGUAUGGAGACUUCUUUUGGGAUAUGCACCACCUAAUGCGGAUAGGCGAGAAGGUGUUCUAACAAGGAAAAGACUCGAGUAUGUCGAAUGUGUUUCUCAAUACUAUGAUAUUCCUGACACUGAACGCUCUGAUGAAGAGAUUAAUAUGCUUCGACAGAUUGCUGUUGACUGCCCAAGAACUGUGCCAGAUGUUACCUUUUUCCAGCACCCUCAAAUUCAGAAAUCUCUUGAGCGCAUUUUGUAUACAUGGGCCAUCCGUCAUCCAGCAAGUGGUUACGUUCAAGGAAUAAAUGACCUUCUUACACCAUUCUUGGUCGUAUUCUUAUCAGAGCACCUAGAGGGCAACAUGGACACCUGGUCCAUGGAAAAGCUUUCUCCACAGGAUGUUUCUAAUAUAGAAGCAGACUGUUAUUGGUGUCUUUCAAAGUUCCUUGAUGGUAUGCAAGACCACUACACCUUUGCCCAACCAGGAAUUCAGCGCCUUAUUUUCAGGUUGAAAGAACUUGUUCAUCGUAUAGACGAACCUGUCUCAAAGCACAUAGAGGAACAAGGGUUGGACUUUCUUCAGUUUGCAUUCCGUUGGUUCAAUUGUCUUCUGAUUCGUGAGAUUCCUUUUCAUCUUGUCACACGCUUGUGGGAUACCUACCUUGCUGAAGGAGAUUAUCUACCGGACUUUCUUGUGUACAUAUCUGCUAGCUUUUUAUUAACAUGGUCAGACAAGCUGAAGAAACUUGAUUUUCAAGAGAUGGUCAUGUUCCUUCAGCAUCUUCCGACAAGGAACUGGGCGCACCAUGAGCUUGAGAUGGUACUCUCCAGGGCUUACAUGUGGCACACAAUGUUCAAAAGUUCACCAAGUCAUCUCGUCAGCUAGUACGCCUGAUGAUCAUGCCUGUAACCUAUGACCUGAUUUUUCAUGUACUCUAGACUUGUCCCCUUUCGGGAGAACCAUGAAGAGACUUCUCAUUUUUGGGGUCCAUAUUAUCAAUUGUAACACUACAAUCUGUAUAUUUUACUUACAGAUUACUAUCAAUGAUGAUGAAUAGAUGUCAUUCAAUGUGUAUUAA